AUGAGUCGGAAAAAAUCAUUUCUGACACUCUUAUUAUUUUAUUUAACAAAUUGUCUGAUCCAAACUGCCUUUUCUGCAAGAAGUCAAGGGGGUUCGGGUCGAAAAAGUUUCAUUUCAAGAACCAGCUCUGAAGGUUCGGCACGAAAAAGUUUUAAAAGUGUUCAUUCAUUUAAAACUGAAGAGGAGAUCGUUGCCGAAGAAUAUGUUCAAAAGUUGGUUGGUAAAACAGAAUAUUUUAUGCCAAGAGUUAUUAACGGUGAUGUUUAUUGUAAAGAAGGAGAUUUUGUUGAAAUAAAGGGUGAUGAAAAUCUCGAAAAAUCAAAGAAAAAAGGAUGUAAAUAUAUUACAUCAAAAGAUAAAACUGUUGCAAAAUUAUUUGAAUAUUUUUAUUUGAAAAUUGAUAAAAUUGAAGGAAUGAGAGAAAAACUUGAGCAAGUACCAUUUGAAAAUGAUAAAUGCAAUAUUGGCUUCCCAUUGCCAAAAAAUAUUUUCGGAAAAGCGUUUCUGCUUGAUACCGCCUUGUCAUUCUCUGGAGAUGAAUUGAAAGAGUUGGUUCAUGGCGAAGAAAAAAUGGUUUAUGAUAAAUUAUUGAAGGAAGAAGAAGAGAAUGAAGGAGAGAAUAAUGAUGAAGAAGAAGAAAAUGAGGGUGAUGCUCGUUUAAGUACACAUAUUUUCCUUGAGACAAUUUACAAGGGCAGUAGUGCAUUCACAAAGAAUUUUAUUUUGGAUUUUGAAAAAAUCCCAAAAAUGGAAUAUGAAUACGAAAUUCAAAAACAGAAGAAUCUUAAAGAUACAUCUAAAAGGAUUUCUCAGAAAAUACACACGAUAUUGAAAAAUAUGAUUGAAGAGAUAGAGAAAGACUUUUAUAGAAUAGAGACACCAGUAGAGGAAAAUGAAGAUACACCACUCAUUGUGCAGACUAAUGAUAAAAAGAUAAAAGAUUUUAAAAAAUGGAAAAAAGGGAAAUUAACACUUGACAAAAAAUUAAAGCUUGAAAUUAAUGAAAAGACGGAAUCAAUUAAAAAGGAAAUGAAGGACAUUCUGAACAAAUGUAGAACAAAUAAAGAGAAAAAUGAACAAAUAAAAAACUGGAAGAAAACCCUCGAUGAUUGGGAAAAAGAUGCGAGAAAAUCUUUUGAAAAGAAGAAAGAUAUAAAAAAAGAUGAAAAAGGUCACAAGUUGUUGCUUGAAUAUAAACCGCAUGUAUUUGAAUUUCUUAAGGAAGUAACUUUCGGAGUGAGCAUUAAACCAUCAAACGAACGUUUUAAAAAUAUUGAAGGGGAUGAAUACGAAGAGUUGAUAGAAUUUUUAAAAAAUCCUCAGGAAUUUCUUAAUUUGCCUCCCGAAGAAAAUAAAACAGCAAACAAUGAUCAGUCGGAAAAUUUUGAAAAUAAAUGGAAAAAGAAAUUGAGUGAAAAAUUGUUGAGAUUUAUAUUUAAUGAAAUGGAAGAAAUAAAAGGAAAAAGAUUUGGAGAAGGAGGAAGGGGAGGUGAAGAAGGAGAGAUCCCGGAAAAGUAUAUUAUUAAAGUAUUAAAUGAAGAAUUUAAAUGGCUAAAUUUGGGGUUAACACGCAAAAUAAAAGAAGAGUUUCAAAGGGAAGAAAAGGUUGAAAAUAAUAGAAUGUUUGGUAUUGAAGAUUUUAUAAUCUUGAAAAAAGAGUUGACAGAUAUUGACAAUGGCAUUGAAAAUUGUAAAAUGUUAAAAGAUUCAAUACUACAAAUGUUACGCUAUAAUGAUGAAAAUGACCAUAUACAUCAGGAAUUCCGUGGAAGAAUGGGAGCACAAAUACUCGGAUCUGUCUACAACGCCAAGGAAUUAAUUAAAGACAUUUGGAAUGGCUUGUUAUUAAGUCUGGGUGGUGCUGGAUUAAUUGCAGCAGUUCUUGAUAUUGCUGUUUGGCCGGGAGUAAUUGCAUUAAUUUCGCUGUCUGGAUGUAAUCUUUGUGCUCAUUUUGUGGGAGUAAUCCUCUACUCGUUGACACCACUCGUAGCAGAAACAUUUGAUUCGCUCGUUAUAAAACGUUUAUUAAUUUCAUUCGAUGGUGGAAGUUUUUGGCCAAGUUCUAAGGCUGUUUUUGAUGAAAAUCUAAGAGAUGCAGCCGCUGCAGGAAAAAUAGCCGCUGGUGGUUCUAUACCUAACAACAUACUUGGGAUGGAAGAGAUUAGUAAAUCGUUUCCAGAAAAUGGCAAUUGGUCUUCAAUUCUCCCUGCUUUUCCGGCAAAUCUUGUAUGCGAAAAAUUCUUUAAAAUUAUUCUUUAA